CCUGCACGCUUCUCCAUGCAACCCCACCCCACCCACAUAUAUACGACAUUUAAACCCAAUUUAUCUCUCAGUUAGAGUUCCAUCGGCGUUUUCUUCUCUGAUUUGAGCGAGAUGGAUCCUUGCCCUUUCGUGCGUAUUGCCAUCGGAAACCUCGCCCUGAGGUUUUCCGAGGGAGCUCACCUGGGUUCCUUGUCGUAUUACUGUAGGUUCAAGCUCAAGGGCUUCCCCGCCCAAUUUUCCGACGUCCCCUUUAUUGGCACGGGGAGCGACGCCGUCGAGAGCAGGAUUCACGCCUGCUUCGCCUUGAAGAGGUCUGAAUUGGAGAAAUUGGCGGAAAAAUCGUGCAAAUUCUGUAGCCUGAGAGUGGAAGUCCGCCGGCGGAGCGGCGGCGGCGGUGGGUUUUGCGGGUUCGGCUUUGGCGGCGGAGGAGGUGGCAAGCUACUGGGCUGUGUUGUGAUGCAGUUGGAUUUAAAGAGUAUUUUGGAGAAUUUGCGGAGUAAUUGUAGUCGGGCGUGCGUGGUUCAGAAUGGGUGGGUUUCAGUCGGUGGGGCGGAUGCGAAGUUGCACAUGAACGUCCGGGCCGAUCCCGACCCGAGAUUUGUUUUCCGGUUUGACGGGGAGCCGGAGUGCAGCCCCCAGGUUUUUCAGGUGAAUGGGAAUGUGAAGCAGCCGGUUUUCACCUGCAAGUUCGGGUUCAGGAAUUCUGGAGAUAGGGUUUUGAGAUCCAGAUCCGCCAUAUCGGAACCGAGCACCUCAUCAUCCAGCUGCUUCACCCCCGCGCUAUCAAAAUCAAAAUCGAUCGAUCAACGGUCCACAAGAGAACGCAAAGGCUGGUCCAUCACGAUCCACGACCUUCAAGGCUCCCCUGUAGCAGCCGCUUCUAUGGUCACCCCUUUCGUCCCAUCUCCAGGCUCAAACCAGGUGAGCCGCUCCAGCCCAGGCGCCUGGCUCAUCCUCCGACCCGGCCAAGCCACCUGGCGCCCCUGGGGCCGUCUCGAGGCAUGGCGAGACGGGCCGCGCCUCGGUUACCGUUUCCACCUCGUCCCUGAUGGAGGCGGUGUCGACACAAUCCCGCUCGCCAGCUCGACAGUCGACGCGAAAUCCGGCGGGAAGCUGAGCAUCGAUGUCACGACGGGUCACACGCCGCUGGCGAGCCCUAAUAGUAGCUUUGAUUUUGGGUCGGGUUCAGGUUCAGGUUCGGGGUCUGGUUCGGAUUCUGGGUCUGGGUCGUGGGCUCAUCUUUUGUAUCGGGGGUUUGUGAUGUCAUCGACUGUGGGAAGGGAGGGAGGGCCGGAGGUGGAGGUUGGGGCCCCACACGUGACGUGUGCGGAGGAUGCGGCUGUUUUUGUGGCGCUGGCGGCAGCUAUGGAUUUGAGUGUGGAUGCGUGCAGGUCGUUUUCGGAGAGGCUGAGGAAGGAGCUGAGGCAGUCGGAUCCUGAAUAGUUUUGUUUUUUUUGGUCCGGGUCGGGUUGUUGGAAUUUUGGAUUUUGGUUUGGGUUUGGAUUGUUUUUUUUAUUUUUGUUUGAGUGUACAGUCAUUGACAGCUAUUUUAAGUAUUGGAUGAUUUUUUUCGUUUCUUUCUUUGUUGGGGGUGGAAAUGGAAUAAUAAAUUUUUUAUUGGUUUUCACUGGGAAUCCUAUGAUGCGUGCGGUUGGGUGGGAAAGAGAGAAAAAAUAAUGGAUUAUGGGCUGGCAUGGACAAGGACGGGGGGGUGAUUGUGGUGUUAGAACUGUACAUUUACACAUUAUUUUUGUCAAAGUUUGGGGAACUUAAUCUUCAACAGUUUGUGCCUAUCUGGAAAUGGAAUCUAGUUUAAAUGUAUGUGGAUGUUUGUGGCAAAAGAUGAGUUUGGUGUCAUGUAUGUGGGGCCCACUCACCGAAUCAACACACAACUAAGUGUGUGUAGUUGUGUACGACCCAACCUGAAUUCGGG